AUGGACGAAGAAGUAGCCGCCCUCAUAGUCUUGGCCGACACCGGCAACAGAUGCGCCGAAAUACCGUCCCACCGUCAAAAGACUUUCGUGGACGGCGUCAAAGUCGCAAGUGCGAGGCUCGGGCACCAUGCUCAGAUAGACGAGCAGGGCCAGGCCCAAAUGGUGCUUCAUAUGAAGAAGGCGCAUGAACUGCACGUUCUAGAAACACUUUGGUCUGGUCAGCUCCUACAAGACUUAGACCCUUCUCUUUUUCUGACUCGCCAGCAAGCCGAGUGCGAAGCUACGAACCCCGACGACGACAUCCAUUACUUCUACGCCAAUGCGUCCUCAAAGACGACCAAGGUGUUCUCGACAGUAUGGCACGGAGCCAAGUGCUAUCAGAAACCUUUGGCGGAGCUGCAAACCAUUGGACUCCAAGAUCUUGCAAUGUCCAAGACGCACAAGGACCGUAUGAUCAUCGGCAAAGUGAUUACGCCUGUCAAGUCUGGACUAUGCCUCAAGUUCCACAUCGAAGACCCAUCCGGCACGCUCUUUCCUGUUCUCAUCAAUUACCCAACCCCCAUCCCCCAUUUUUCCCUUUCCCUCUGUGAUACGCUCGCCAAACUUUACCCCAUGGGAGCGAUUCUGGCAAUCAAGUCUCCUCGAAUGGGUCUAGAUGACAAAGGGAUGUUUGCCAUCAAGGUUGACAUGGCGUACGAGAUCGAAGAGUUGCAUCCGAGGGAUCCGAUCUUGGAGGGGGUAAAAUGGCGGGAUGGAUUAAUGGAGGAGACGUCAAAGGGGUGGAAAAGGUACAGAGAUGCGGGGAAUAGAGAGAUGAAGAUUAACAACCCCUUGGUCGCUCUCCGCCUCUACUCGCUGGCUUUAUCCGACCCCGAAGUUAAACAAGACCCUAUCACGAUUUUCGACCUCCUUCUCAAUCGCACCGAAGCCUAUCGUGCUGUUCAUCUCUACGGUCACGCCUUUCGAGAUGCUCGCCGAGCUCAAGAAGUUGUCGAAAACAACAUCUCCCUCUCCCCAGAUCAAAAUGAUCGCCUUCAUCUCCGACUCGCCAAGGCCGCCCUCGGCCUCCGUCUCUACAAGACCGCCCUCAAAUCGAUUGAUGCCACUUCUAAGUUAUCACCCUUUGGGCUCGAUAUCAACAAUACGAGGUACAGAGUGAGGGCUAGGAUAGUCGAGAAAGAACAGGGCGGAUACGACUGGCUAGCGAUCUUUCGCGAGUCGUUGGAAGGGCCGCUGGCGGAGCUGGAUGUCCCCAACCGGAUGUCGUCCGCUUGCAGAGUUGCUUUCUUUCCAAGGAAGGGCCGAGGUGUCAUCGCCACCCGCAGCAUCGCCCCGGGCGAAGUCAUCAUGGUCAGCAAAGCUAUCGCCCCCUCCAACGCCAAACUCGACGCUCCGAACGUGUACGUGAACUGCUUUGACGCCGAAUCGCAGAGUCAUGUGCCUCAUUUGACUUAUAUGUGGGUGUAUCGGAUGCUGCACAAGAUAUACGACGAUCCUUCGCUCCUCAACGUCCUUGGAGGCUUCUCUUCCGACAGUAAUCCUUCUCCGGCGGAUCUCCCCGUGCCGGAAGAAGACGAAGACGCUCGUCUUAAACUUCUUUUUGCGCCAGUAGCCCCAAGCCUCAGCCUCGACGCCUUCAGGCAGAUAGUCAAGACCAAUUGCUAUGCCGGUCGUUCCGUCCCUGCAAGGGGCGCGGGUGUCGAAGAGAUCAUGGAUGAGCGCCUGUCCGUUGCAAAGGACAGGGAUCCGGUCAUGUUCCUUCACGGGAUGCCUUCAAUGAUGAAUCACUCGUGUUGGCCGAAUAUGACCGAGUGUUGGUAUGGCGAUAUUAUGGUUGUACGCGCCAGCAAAUCCAUCACCUCCGGCGAAGAACUUACAAUGUCCUACGUCCAAAACAACCCCUCUUUUCCCUCUCGACUUUCUUCCCUGUCCAGCUGGGACUUUACUUGCUCCUGCAUCCUCUGCAGGACUGAUAGUAGCGCCUACGACGAUCCCAAUCGAAGGGCUCAGAUCAUGGAAUCCGCCCUUCCCCUGCUCUUCUCAAUUCCUAUUCCGGAUGUCAACGUUACCGAUGAGGUGAAGGACCUGCACAGACGCAAGGCGGAGGAGUUGGAGAAGUUGGCACUAGUGGUGGGAGAGACUUACGCAGAAGCAAGGCCGUCGGAUCUCAUGGGCGAGCUCGCACAGAUCUACAAUCGUAUUGGGAAGAGCUACUUUAUCGCCGGACAGCACGCAGAAGCCGCAGACGCGCUCGGGUUAUUUCUUGUAUACGCUGGUAUCACACCAACCACAGAGGCGCAACAGAAGAAGCUCGGACGCAUGAUUCACGAGAGCCACAAUUUGGAAGAGGAGGUGAUCUUGGGGAUCAUGCUUUUGGCUGUGUUACGAGACGAUCAGGCAGGUAUUCUCCCGAAUACUUUCUGGCUGCAAUCUGACGUAUCGCAGGAUGCCGACGGAAAUUGCAAGUGGGUACGCUCAGCUCUAUGGCUGCACAACGUACGAUACGGCGGUGGAAAAGCUUUGUUUAUGGAACGAUACGGGCCAUUGCUCGCGGCUUUACCGGUGAAGUUUGACUUUGAGAAGUAG